AUGCGGAGAGAUGCAGUUCGAACUUUUGCGCAGUAUAUGACAAAGUUGGAGGGAGAGCUGCUGGCGAAAAACGGAAACGUCAGUCCUCCGAAAGACUAUGAAGAAGCUUGGUACAGAGCUUAUGCAGCAUCGCGAAACGCCUGCUUCCGCUAUACAAAAAGUACAGAAUCCACUUGCGUUUACUGUAAGUAUUGAAAAAGGCAAAAUCGUCCUGGCACAGAUUCUGCAGAUGAAUAGAAUCCUUGUACUUCGUAAAAAUAGAUCAUGCCAGAGCUGUUUCAUCUAGUGCUCCUGCUCAUAGUACUAGCGCCUUUAUUUCAUGAAAUGCAUAUGCAUUUUGCAAGUACUAGAUGCGUCGAGCAAAAUAUGUGUCGACUUUUUUUUUUACGAGUGGAACCGGAAGUGGUGGAGAAUCUGGCUCUAUGCAAAUGUAGAUCAUGUACUUGUACAUGCUACCCGUGAUUCUGUAAGUGUAACGUAUGAGGAUGCAUGAUCGCCUUUCGCGCUGGAUAAAUGACUGCGUGCUAAUGAAGAGUGCUUUAGACAGUUGGUCGAUCAAAAGUUGCGAAUUGAAGAGCUGGAACACUCGGACAAAAGUAGCGGGUCUGGAGCCGGCACAAAGUUGGAGGAAGGGCUGCAGGCGAAAAACCAAAUGCCAGUAGUUGUAAUACCAGGAAAAGUCGUUCCUCAGGAUUAUGAAGAAAAUUGUCAUCGAGCUUAUGCAGCAUCGCGAAACGCCUGCUUCCGCUAUACAAAAAGUACAGAAUCCACUUGCGUUUACUGUAAGUAUUGAAAAAGGCAAAAUCGUCCUGGCACAGAUUCUGUAGAUGAAUAGAAUCCUUGUACUCGUAAAAAUAGAUCAUGCCAGAGCUGUUUCAUCUAGUGCUCCUGCUCAUAGUACUAGCGCCUUUUCAUGAAAUGCAUAUGCAUUUUGCAAGUACUAGAUGCGUCGAGCAAAAUAUGUGUCGACUUUUUUUUUUUACGAGUGGAACCGGAAGUGGUGGAGAAUCUGGCUCUAUGCAAAUGUAGAUGUACUUGUACAUGCUACCCGUGAUUCUGUAACGUAUGAGGAUGCAUGAUCGCCUUUCGCGCUGGAUAAAUCACUGCAUCACAAUGAAGAGUUGAAGCAUCACUAUGAAGAGUUGAAGUAUCACAAUGAAGAGUUGAAAAGCCUGCUGAACGGACAAGCGUUGCCGCGAAUCGAAGAGCUGGAACACGCACAGAAUCGGGGAGCAGCGAAGAAGCUCAUUGCUGGUAUAAAACCGCGUACGUAUAGCAACCAGAUCUUGGCGAAGAACCCUGCGACACAAGAACAUUUUAAGCAAGUGCUGUAUGGCGCUAAACGUGAUGGACCUGGUGCUGGUAUUGUUCGCUUUCGGAUGUUUUCGGGAACGAACAUCUACCCGAAGAACGUCUGGGAAAACGACGGCCUCUACACCUGGUUCGUCGCCGACUUCUCUUACGCCGGCCAGGGCACGCCGAGCUGGAAGAUUCACGCCUCAACGUACGUCAGCGUGACGGAUUUCACGGUGAAGCACUACAACAAUGAAAAAAUAGUGUCGGUUUUUGUGUACUCAGCUGAUUAUUAUAAUCCCUGCGAGUCCGAAAAGUUCUUGGCCGGCGGCGAAAAGGCGGUGCACGACCGAGCUAUAAACGCCGGCCUAAGUAACGCUCUCUCUCCCAAAACUUCGUUUCCUAGUGAAGCUGAACAGCUUCGCGCGUGGUACGCUGAAACAUUGGCGGCCACAGUUGGGAAGAUGUUGGGAAACUUCUCGCUUCGCAUUGGGAUGACGUUGUUGGGCACUUCUCGCUUCUCGUCCUCGCUGCGUCCUGGUCACAAAUUGUGGAUCGGUGUUGUAGAAAUUUUUGCAGUUUACGACGAACUGUUCCGCCGUGCCACGGGCACGCUACCGCAGCAGGUGAAGAAUGUCGCGGAGCACCUCCACCUAAUGAGCUGGGAAGGCGCUCCUUUUCUCGCAAGGUACGACGAGAACGGGAAGAAGACGCAGGAAAAAAUUGCCGAGAUUGAAUGCCUCAUAUAUGUUUUGGGCACAGUCUCGAAUGCGUUUACGGACUCAUUUGAGUCACGUUCUGAACAAGGAAAACGUCAGAAAGAAAAAAAAGGUAUUGCUAUUCCGGACGGACGAGUCUUUUUGGACGAGGAUACACCCCGUUUCGCGGCGCCCUGGUCGGACCAUGCGAGUAAAAUUCCCUGCUGAAGUGCGUCCCGACUUGACAAUGAGGAGAUGUUUCACACAGAGCCUUCAAAAGUGCUACAAUACCAAAAGUGGUUUCAGCUACGCUACACUUUUGAAGACACUUCCGCUUUUGUUCUCUGGGAUUUUACAAAGCAACAUCCCAGAAGGGUGCAAGUACGAUAUAAUACUUGCAAGUAGCAGUAGCAGAUCUAUAUAUAUCUUUAUUUUAUAAUACUUAUUUUGAAUUUGAGUGUUCGCGUUGCGUUCUCUUUUGCGCCACGUGUACUGCCUACUUGUUCGUCCUCUUUGGGCCCACAAUGAUUUUUUUUUUGCGCAAGCCCACUGCACGGGCGACUGUCAUUUGAUGUUGGCUUAUUGUGAUUUGAAUGAAAUUCUGUUCCUGCUUUAGUCCCAACAAACAACAAAAAGAAAGACGCAACGCUUCAUGAUGCACCACCACGUAGCUUUAAAAAGUUCGAGAAUGCUUGUAUUCGCCAAAAUAAAAUUUAUUUCUUGUUGACCGGUCCCGAUGGAUGUUGUGGAAGAUGAUACCUGAAAAUAUAUUUCACGUUGCAAAUGCAGACUUCAGCUGUACUAGCGAGGGAGUUUUCUUUGCGGUUCUUCCUUGAUA